GAAAUGCGUGAAUUGCUCGUGGUGCGAAUUACUCGCUUCAAGCUUGAUUAACCCGUGCGCAGGCAUUAUACAAGCCGGAUAUUAUGUCUUUGAUGGAUUACUUUCACGAGUACCGUGACAUCACUCGAGACGCGCGCUUGAAAUUUGGCUUCUUCAUUCUCAGUCAUCUAUCCAAUUUGCUCAACUUCUCCAUAGAGUACGUUCAGGCAGGCGAAUGGGCGCACGGAGACGGCUUGGGCCCGACGGUCAGAGCUCUGAUGAACUCGUCCAUCGACUUGACGGGCACGCCGGGCAACAUGAACACCGAAAGGCUCUCGCUGAUAAAGUUCAUCCAUCAGGGUUGGCCGUUCAGGACGUGCUUCAUCUUCCGGAAUCCGCAGCCCAAGACGAUCAAGGCAGAGGAGCUGCUGCGACCGUUCGUUCACGGAGUCUGGUGCUUGGUGGGCCUGUUCCUGCUGACGAGCAUGGCCAUUCUCGCUUUAACGUCGAAAUGGGACCGUCGAGACGGCGAACUGGCGUGCAUAGCCAAUGCGUUCACGAUGACGCUGGGCGCGCUGUGCCAGCAAGGUACCGAGAUCCAGAUGCCCCGGCUGUCGACGCGCGUCGCCUUCCUCUCCGUACUGAUAUUCAGCCUGCUCGUGUACAAUUACUACUCGGCGUGCGUGGUCUCGGCUCGCCUGGACGAGCCGAUAGUCAAGAUCAGCGACUCCCUGGAGGAGCUGGGCAAAUUGCACCUGAGGAUGGCCUCGGAACGGAUGUUCUAUUUGAGCUUCUACUUCGCUUCGCCCGACAAGCAAACCAAAAAGUUCCACGAGCAGUACUGGUUCAAGAUUCCCGAGGCGCAGCAGUUUCUCGAUCCCGACGUGGCUAUCGAGCUCGUCCGCAGAGGUCACCUGGCGUAUCACGUGCACCCGGACGUCGCCUACGCGCUCAUCGAGAAGCACUACGACAAUCGAGAAAUCUGCGAGCUGAUGGAGGUGCACUGGGGUCGGCCGAUCGACACCAUGUUUGCGGCCACGAAAAACUGCACCUUCGAGGAGAUCCUGAAGAUAGGGUUCAUCAAAAUCACCGAGGUGGGCCUUCGCUACCGGCAGCUCAGGAGGUGGCAGUACAGGAAGCCCGUUUGCCGGAAGGACAUCCUAAAUGCAUCGAGUAUCAAUAUGUACGAGUUUGCGACGCAUCUCAUUCUAUUGGCUGCGGGAGCCCUGCUGGCUCUCGUUGUGUACGGACUCGAACUUGUGCUUUUCGACCGAACAAUUAUUCUACCAGCUGAGUUUCGCGAACAGCGCGCAAGAUGGAUUCGGCAUCGCGACAGUCUCCUAUAAACGUACGACUUGUCGAUCAAUUUCAUGGCUCGCAGCAGUUUUACGCGAGUUUUAUUCGCCUUUAUAAUCCACACGGUCCUUGCCACACGCCGUAGCCGCGUAGCCGUCACAUUACGCUUUCACCGCAAUCAUCAAAGAGGAAUGCCCUUGUGUCGACGAUCCAAUGUUAAACUAAUUUCUGUAAUGCAACUCUUGAUUGUACAACAACUUUGCAAAAAGAAAUUCAUAGAUAAGCCUUGAAAGCGAAUCAGUAAAGUACUUGAGCUCGUCAUAUAUUAUUUUACGUGACACGUGUGUGUGUGUGUGUCGCCAUUAUACGCACGAUCCGUGCAUACUUCGCCGGCUGCGAUUGAUCCACAUUGAUUGUUUUAACCUUCUUCAAAGAGUAAUGUAUUUUCUAGCAAGGAUUUUCAAGGUGCAGCAUGACGAAGCUUUCGUAAUGUGUGCGCCUUCCAAUA